CGGAUGAACGUGUGAACGUAAACAGGUAUGUGUAGGGAAAGUCUAGCAUUUCAGGAGGACCUACCAAAUAGGCUAAUGAAUGCCGGUGGCUACCGAUGGAUAGGCCUAAGUUACGGAUAGUAGUGUAAUGGGUUUGAGACCCUCUUAGCCAACUGUCGAACCUCUUGGUUCGCGAGUCAGACAGUUGUACAGAAAAGCGUUUUAUGUACUUCGAAAUCAGGUAGCCUAUGUAGGCAAAGAGUAAAAACAUGAAGGCAUUCGCUAUUGCAAUCUUUUUACUUUUAUUAAUGCAUUGGACAGUUUCAGUCAAAGGCGCGGGUGAAACUCUUGGAAAUCUGGGAGAGAGUACUCUACUUCCGUGUUACAGCCUCGGGAAUAAUACACCCGCAUCCUACACACAAUGGUCGAAGGAUGGACAGCUUCUCCUGACCCGUAAUCAUACGAAAGUUUUGAACCAAGCUGCCCAGCGUCUUUCCAUAUUGGACAAUGGCUCUCUGGAGAUUCGGUCAACUUCCCUGUCUGAUCAGGGCAUGUACGUCUGCGAUUCGCAGUCUGGGGGCAACCACACUCAAUCAAGUGUUGCAUUGCACGUAGUCAGUGGACCCCUAAACGUGACCGCAGUCGUCAGACCAGUAUCUCUGCAGCUGCCCAAUGGGACGCAGGUCGUGUACAGAGGCUCCAACGUGUCCAUGAACUGCUCCAGCCAGUCCUUCCCCGCACAGAACCUGUCCUGGAGCUUCCAUGGGGCCUCCCUGGUCCAGGGCAGUGGGGCAUGGCUGGACUUGAAACUGGACGACAUCCAGCCUAGCGCCCAGGGAGAGUACACUUGCACUGCCCAGAACACGCUCUCCCAGAAGGCGGUCAGCUGGAGCACACUGCUACUUGUAUACUACGCGCCAGAGAGACACCCAGAGUGUCAGUGGAGUUUGGAAGAGGUCCCCUCCCAAGUCCUGUUCAACUGCAGCUGGUUCGGGGCCUACCCCACCCCCACGCUGCUCUGGGGGGACAGCCAGGACGAGGGCGGGGGGGUGGUGGAGGGAGACCUGCUGGUGUCUCAAGAGGCCGACAGUCUGGUCCUGAGGAGGAACAGGUCGCAGCUCCACGAGGGGCUGAAGCUGAAGUGUAACGCCCACCACCGAACUCUGCCUGCGCGGGGGGAGAAGGCCUGCUCCUUCACCCUCAGGUCUCCUUACCCUAAAGGAGACCCCCUGGCCGUGGGCGUGAAAGGCACCAACGUGACGCUCACCUGCUCAGAGGACAGUUCCCUCCCUCCAGCCAGAACCACCUGGAAGAGGACAGCCGAGCAGCUGGACGUGGUCCCAGGUCCUAAGUACCAGGUGACCCAGCAGGGCCCCGUGUUCAGCCUCACCAUAGUGAACCUCACCCAGCAGGACGAGGGCCUGUACUUCUGCAGGAGCGAGAACCCACUCAUGGUCCGUGAGAUGGAGGUAUACCUCACCGUCAAGACGACCUCGGUGUCCACAGGAGUCGUUAUGGGGACUUUCCUGGCCAUUCUCAUCGUAGGGCUGGGCGUUGUCGUCGCCAAAUCUAUGUACUCCAGCCGUGACAGAAUCUGCCUGGCUCAUGGAUUUGGGAGGAUGGAGGAGGAGAGGGGAGACGUGCUAAGCCUGGUGGAAUCGGACGAGGAGGAGAUUUUCCAAGACACGGUGCCCAGACUCCCCCCGUUAGAGAACGGACAGAACACCACACUAGUCGAGAUACACCGCAUUCCCUCCAGUGACCAUGACGACACAGAAACUGUUGGUGACUAUGACGAUCAAGAUUCAGGGAGGCAAUCCAACACGAACAUACAAGAGGACAAUGUGGACCUUGUAACAUUUUAAGUGUUGGAUGUUUUUAGACAAAUAAGUUAUCUUUUUAAAAGCAUAUCAAACGUCCUUCAGAAACUGUGAAGAGAGUGUAAUAAUAUGUUUGUAUUUGACUGCAAAACUUCAUGUUAUCAGAUGUAAUUUUCAGGUGUGUGUGUUAUAUUGG